CAGAUACAGAUAAUUGAUAAAUAUAUAAUCGUUUAGUAAAUAGGAGGAAAAAAUGUUUACAUAGUAAUAUUUAUCGCACAUUAACUUUAUUAAAAGUAGUGUGAUAAUUAAAGGUAUAAUCAUGUCUCGACAGAUGAAUCAGAAUGAGCGAAAAAUCUCUGAAAAGCUUAUAAUCCUCAAUGACAGAGGGAUUGGUAUGCUAACAAGAAUAUAUAACAUCAAAAAAGCAUGUGGAGAUGCGAAAUCAAAACCUGGUUUCCUCUCUGAUAAAAAUUUGGAAUCGUCUAUUAAAAAUAUUGUAAGGAGGUUUCCCAAUGUGGAUGUGAAAAGUCUGACACCUAUUCAAAAUUUAAGAAAUGAGAUUAUAAAAUCUCUAUCCUUGUACUACUACACUUUUGUAGAUUUAUUGGACUUUAAGGAUCAUGUUUGUGAACUACUAACAAGUAUGGAUGCUUUUCAAGUUGACUUAGAUAUCUCAACAAAUUUUGAAUUAACAAAGUAUUACCUCGAUCUCGUGACAACCUAUGUAUCUUUAAUGGUACUACUGUCACGUGUAGAAGAUAGAAAAGCAGUGCUAGGCUUGUUCAACGCCGCCUAUGAAAUAGUACACGGCUCACCUGAUCAAAGUUUUCCAAGGUUAGGAAGCAUGAUUAUGGAUUAUGACAUUCCUUUUAAGAAAUUAUGUGAAGAAUUUGUGCCACAUGCUAGACUUUUAGCUCAAUCAAUUAACUCGUUAAUUCCAGUAUAUGUUCCAAGAAAUGUCUCAGCCGAUAAGUGGAGAUCUGAACAAAAAUUGACUUUAGUAGGAAAUCCUGCAUUACUUCUUAAACCUGUACUCUCUGAAAGGAUGUCUUGUGAAUUUCUCUCACUGGAUACAAUGGAAAAGUGGAUCGUUUUUGGUCUGCUUCUAAUCAAUAAUGUGCUUUUGCAACAGGACCAUUACAAUAAAUUAUUUUUGAAUGCUUUAGAAUCAUCAUGGGUAAUUCCAUUAUUCAGGGACGAAGUUGUCCAUAUUCAUCAGUAUAUUUGGUCUUUCUUCGAUAGUCUCAAAGGGUACAGUAAGAGAAUAUCAGAAGUUAAGGAGACAUACAAUCAUGCAGUUCAAAAAGCAGGUUAUAAUCACCGUGAACGUCGUAAAUUUCUACGAACUGCUUUAAAGGAACUUGGCUUAAUAUUCAUGGAUCAGCCAGGAUUGUUAGGACCAAAAGCAUUAAUGGUAUUUAUGGGACUAUGUUAUGCCAGAGACGAAGUGUUGUGGUUGUUGAGGCACAACGAUAACCCUCCCAUACACAAAACUAAGGGAAAGUCCACCGAAGAUCUUGUUGACAGACAUUUGCCUGAACUUCUGUUUCAUAUGGAGGAUUUACGUGUUUUGGUAAGAAAGUACAGUCAGGUGAUGCAGAGGUAUUAUGUUCAAUACUUAUCUCAUUGGGAUGCUAUCACAUUAAAAGAAAUGAUGCAGAAGUUGCAGUCUUGUCCUGAAGAUGAAGGAAUCAUUUUGUCUUCCCUUUGUAAUACUAUUUCAAAUUUGUCAGUUAAGCAAGUAGAGGACAACGAAACAUUCAAUUUCUUUGCAUUCCGUUUGGACUGGUUUAGACUACAGGCCUAUACGUCAACUGCCAAAUCAACUAUGAGACUUAUCGACAAUAGGAGCUUAGCGCAAUUACUGGAUUCUGUUCAGUUUCACACUAAAAUGGUUGAUAACCUGGAUGAGAUGUUGAGAGAGACAUCAGAUCUAUCGAUUUUCUGUUUUUAUAAUAGAUGUUUUGAGGAACAGUUCCAUAUGUGUUUAGAAUUCCCCGCUCAAAAUCGGUACAUAGUUGCUUUUCCUUCAAUUUGCAGCCACUUUCAGAAUUGCACUCAUGAGCUGUGUCCAGAAGAACGCCAUCAUAUUAGAGAAAGAAGUCUGUCAGUCGUCAAUAUGUUCUUAGACGAAAUGGCCAAGGAAGCGAAAAACAUAAUAACUGCUAUAUGUGAUGCGCAAUGUAAAAUGAGUGAUAAACUUCUACCAAAGAAUUGUGCACAUCUUAUUUCCCAACAAAUAAACAGGAAGAAAAAAGAGAAAAACAAGAAGAAUGCAAUAGAAUUUGAAAAACCGGGCAAGGAAAGCUACAGGAAAACAAGAGAAAAUUUAACGACAAUGGAUAAAUUACAUAUGGCUCUAACAGAGCUUUGUUAUGCAAUAAAUUACUUUUCUAAUAUCAAUGUUUGGGAAUACACUUUUGCACCAAGGGAGUAUUUACAUCAGCAUUUAGAAAAUAGGUUUGCCAAAGCAUUGGUUGGAAUGGUGAUGUAUAAUCCUGAUACGAGUGAAAUUGCAAAACCUUCAGAGUUACUAGUCUGCGUUAGAUCGUACAUGAAUGUUCUACAAACGGUUGAAAACUAUGUGCAUAUCGACAUUACUCGAGUAUUUAACAACUGCUUGCUGCAACAAACUCAACCUAUUGAUAGCCACGGUGAGAAAACAAUAGCAGCAAUUUACACGCAGUGGUACUCAGAAGUUUUACUCCGACGGGUGAGUGCUGGUAAUAUAAUAUUUUCUAUGAACCAACGAUCGUUUGUCAGUUUAACAGUGGAAGGUUCGAUUCCUUUCAAUCCCGAAGAAUACUCGGAUGUGAAUGAACUGAGGGCAUUGGCAGAAUUAAUUGGACCUUAUGGAAUGAAGCAGUUAAGUGAGACUUUAAUGUGGCACAUAGCUAGCCAAGUCGUAGAAUUAAAAAAAUUGGCUGACAUAAAUAAAGAUGUGCUGCUGUCUUUACGUACAAAUUUCGAUAAACCAGAGAUUAUGAAAGAACAGUUCAAAAAAUUGACAAACGUUGAUAAUGUCUUACAAAGAAUGACUAUUGUUGGUGUCAUUUUGAGUUUUAGGCAUCUUUCACAAUCUUGUUUAACAGAUGUUCUAGAACAAAGAAUUCCAUUCCUCGUAAGUUCCAUUUUGGAUUUUAGACAUCACUUACCUAGCGGGGACCCCAUGAAAAUCGUAAGCGAAAUGACUUCUGCUGCAGGAUUACCUUGUAAAGUUGAUCCCACAUUAAUUUCCGCAUUAAAACUACAAAAACCAGAAACCGAUGGGGAGAACGAACAUUUAUUAGUGUGUUUAUUAAUGGUGUUUGUAGCUGUAUCCAUACCAAAAUUAGCCAAGUCUGAACAGUCAUUUUAUAGAGCUUCUUUGGAAGGACACACAAACAAUAUUCACUGUAUGGCUCUAGCCGUUAAUAAUAUUUUUGGUGCUUUGUUUACGAUUUGUGGGCAAGGUGACAUUGAAGACCGUAUGAAAGAAUUUCUAGCACUAGCUUCUUCUAGUUUGCUCCGACUGGGUCAAGAAGCUGACAAAGAAGCUAUAAAAAACAGGGAGUCUGUAUAUUUACUACUCGAUCAAAUAGUACAAGAAUCACCGUUCCUCACCAUGGAUUUGCUGGAGUCUUGUUUUCCAUAUGCACUUAUUCGGAAUGCUUAUCAUGACGUUUACAAGCAGGAACAAAAUAUGUAAUGUUUACAUAUUCAAAAAUAAAGUAUAUUUACUCUUAGUAAGACGUUCUAUGUCAAAAAUGUACGUAUACAUAUAUUACUUUUAUUUAUUAAAUUUAUUUUUUAUUUAUUUGUUAAUCAAUGUUAAUAUAAGCCUAAAAAUGAUAACUUUAAUUACACUUAUUAGUAAUAUAUUUCAUAAUUGUAUUAUUAUUAAUAUACAUUUUUAU